AAGCCGAAUCAACGCAUAAGCGACAAGAACUUUUCCUAGGCACAUAAUUUAAUUGUUAACGUUUAAAAAGAUUUGACGCGAUAUAAUGUACCAAUCAAUCUUUCGAUCAGACACAAUUCUCAUUAUUCUGUUAGUUAGAAGAUAUAUUUUCAAUCGAUGAAGAGAAAAUGGCUUUCAAAAUUAUAAUCUCUGUAGCAGACUACGGUCGUUAGGCAUUUGAGGAUUUUGUUCAUCUAGUUGUUUGAUGUUUCGUUUUCCUGUCACUUCGCUUUUGAAGUGCAUACCUACAGGUUAGUUACAGGUUGUUUUGUUUUGUUUUGUUCUUUUUUUUGGUUAUUGCCUAACACGUUUGCUGUCGCCAGUUUUCAGUGCUGUCACAACAGCUGAUUUGGGUUGUCUUUUCCAUUUAGGUGGGAUUUAUUUUAAGUGUAAAAUGCUAUGCAUCUUGCGGCCAAACUAGUUCUGUAAAAAUCAGGUUUCUUUGUUUUCGUAGUUACUUGUGUAGAUAAAAAUGUAAUUGGUGGGCGUGUAACGAGUGGCAAUUGUGGUAAUCCGAGUUUAAUCGGAUGAAUCAUUCAAAGAACUAGCAACUAAGUAGCGAAACUUAAAACCAGUUUGCCUCACAUCCGUUGUUCUUUGUCAGUUACUACAUAUUUCCAAUGUCGAGGUAUUCGAGGCUUUGCCGUAAUAGAAAGCUAUAAGCCGUGAAUGAACUCUGAAAUUGCUAGAUUGGUUUUCUCUGCCAACUAAGAGACUCUUGCUGCUUUGCCAUAAAAGUAUUGGAAAGCAAUUUUUCUUCCUCGGUUAUGAUUUUUGUUGGUACGACAUCCCUCAGGUCAUUAUUAGAUUUUCCUGGAAAUUUAGUGACCAAUUCUGAAAGAGAUCUCGCUGGGUACUGAGAAAUAACCGUUGGGCGGUGAUUUUAUUGUCUAGAUGGAACUCGGCAGUUAGACAGCUUUUCAAGACGAUGGGUUAGGUGCUCCAAAAGCAAUUAACCCACCUGAUUUAUGCUGGUCUCUCGUUGCUCAUUUAGCCUUCCGAAUUUCAAAGAUUGAAAAAAUUUUCGUGGAAAAUAAUUUUAAAUAGAGAGAUUGAUUUUCUCAUACAGCGUUUGCGUGAUCUUUCGUUUUUCUUGGACUUUAGUGUGUCGGGAAAUUCUAUUUCGUUAUAUGUUCUUUAACUACGUUUGGUGACAUCGAAAUUCGGUGGCAGUACAGUAUGCCGAAUUCAACAACUCCUGCGACCAGUCUCUAUCUACCCCACAAAAGAUACGGUCAUGCUGCCUAGUCGGCUAAGAUGUUGGUGGUUUGCAUUGUUAACGAUUGGGUCAAGUAAGGCCAUUUACAGCUCGGCUGAAUCGCACCACGACUACGUUUUAUCUCGUGGACUUCUAGAAAAGUGGCGAACAAAAACAAAAAAUGGGGUUACGUUAUUUGAUCGCUUACCCAGAAAUGUUGAACGCUCCUACACUCCGCCGCAAGUCAUAGAGCAUCGGGGUUUUCCAGUCGAGGUUCAUCAUGUAACGACGGAAGAUGGAUAUAUUCUGGAGCUUCAUCGAAUUCCUUCAAGAACGCCAAGGAAUGUGGUGUUUCUUCAACAUGGAGUUUUACAGUCUUCUGGAACAUGGCUGGUGAAUCCUUCUAGUCGCUCCCUCGCAUUUUUAUUAGCGGAACUAUCGUAUGACGUAUGGCUAGGGAAUUUUCGUGGCAACAGAUAUUCUAGGAAACACACAACCCUCACUCCUGAUGAAGCCGAAUUUUGGAAGUUCAGCUGGGACGAAAUAGGAAAUUACGACAUUCCAUCAAUGAUGAAUUACAUAUUAACAGAGACAGGCCAGUCAAAAUUGUCUUAUAUAGGACAUUCAUUGGGAUGUGGCGUGUUUUUUAUCGCCAUGCUUAAACAUCCAGAACUUAACGCAAGAAUUGAAAUCAUGGUAGCUCUUGCGCCGCUUUCUUCCUUUGCUUAUAUUACCACUGACUUUUUUCGCGUUUGGGCUCCAUUUACUGAUCGCAUAGAGGUGACGUAUGAAUCCUCGUUGAAAAUAGAAAUUGACCAGGUUUAUACCCACGUUUCCCUGUACACACAGGAUGCUCUUAAGCUUAUCGGAGUUCACGGAUGGCUCGACAGUGAGGGUUUCGGCGAUCGCUUUUUUGAAUUAGUUUGCGAGCAAACUUACAUCCAAGCGCAGUCUUGCAGAAACUGGUUCCGUUCGGUAGUUGGACCCAGUGAGAAUUUAGAUCCCGCUAUGAUUCCACUAUUUAACGUGAAUUUUCUCCGCGGAACAUCAAUGAGUGUUAUAGCUCAAUUUGCGCAAAAUUACAACGCAGGAAAUGUAUUUCAGGCUUAUGACUUCGGACGAAGGGGUAACUUGUUACGAUAUGGAUCCGUUAAACCGCUCGAAUAUGAUCUUGCAAAAAUCACAGCUCCGGUGUAUGUCUUUUCUGGAGGAAGUGAUCAUCUAGUAACCCCAUUGGACGUUGAUUGGCUUUUGUCCAAACUUAAAAACUUGAAUGGAUCUAACCGUAUUAGCGAUUACAGUCAUUUGGAUUUCGUUUGGGGAAUAGAUGUCAAAGAAAAGCUGUACGAAAAAGUCAUUGCCCUUCUACCACCACCGUAGGUUAAUACGCUGUAUCAACGUGUAGGAUGAUAACUGAAAAAGAAGAAGAAAAAAACUUUCUCAGAGAAAUGGUCAACCGUCUCAUUCCCUCAGACUGUAUCACUUCCCCAGAUAAGGCUGUUUUCAUUUUUCGCCACGUAUCUUGUGAGCAAAAAAUAUAUUUUUUAAAAUCCA